CACAAACCCAACGCAGAGAAGCCAAAGCGCUGGGAAUUAAGCAUUAGCCAGAACCCACACAAUCUUAUAUCCGUCGCGCAGUGAUGACGUACCGAAGCGCUGGCAUGAGGGCGGAGCCAGGCGCAGAAAACUGCCGUUUUGAUUGGUUUCCAGUGUGGCGCGGGGUCUCUUGGGACCCGAGAGACCCUGCCUUUCCGCCCGGAAGUCGGCGUCUUUGAGUCAUAGGAGUGAGCCACGCCAGGGCUGUGGGAAUAAGAUGGCGGGGAAGAAGAAUGUUCUGUCGUCUCUUGCAGUUUACGCGGAAGAUUCAGAGCCCGAGUCUGAUGGCGAGACUGGAAUCGAGGCGAUGGGCAGCGCGGCUGAGGAGAAAGGCGGAUUGGUAUCUGAUGCCUAUGGGGAGGAUGACUUUUCUCGUCUAGGGGGUGAUGAAGAUGGUUAUGAAGAAGAAGAGGAUGAGAACAGUAGACAGUCGGAAGAUGACGAUUCAGAGACUGAAAAACCUGAGGCUGAUGACCCAAAGGAUAAUACAGAAGCAGAAAAGCGAGACCCCCAGGAACUCGUGGCCUCCUUUUCUGAAAGAGUUCGGAACAUGUCGCCUGAUGAAAUCAAGAUCCCGCCAGAACCCCCUGGCAGAUGUUCAAAUCACUUACAAGACAAGAUCCAGAAGCUUUAUGAACGAAAAAUAAAGGAGGGAAUGGAUAUGAACUACAUUAUCCAAAGAAAGAAAGAAUUUCGGAACCCCAGCAUCUACGAGAAGCUGAUCCAGUUCUGUGCCAUUGACGAGCUUGGCACCAACUACCCAAAGGAUAUGUUUGAUCCCCAUGGCUGGUCUGAGGACUCCUACUAUGAGGCAUUAGCCAAGGCCCAGAAGAUUGAGAUGGACAAAUUGGAAAAGGCCAAAAAGGAGCGAACGAAAAUUGAGUUUGUGACGGGCACCAAGAAAGGCACCACGACCAACGCCACAGCCACCACCACUACCACCGCCAGCACAGCUGUUGCAGAUGCUCAGAAGAGAAAGAGCAAGUGGGACUCGGCUAUCCCAGUGACGACGAUAGCCCAGCCCACCAUCCUCACCACCACAGCCACCCUGCCAGCUGUCGUCACGGUCACCACCAGCGCCAGCGGCUCCAAGACCACCGUCAUCUCUGCUGUGGGCACCAUUGUGAAGAAGGCCAAGCAGUGACCUGAGGGGCCACCCUAGAACUCGAAAGGACUGUGCAGCCCAGUGACCACUGCCCAGUUGGAGGCGCCACUUUGUAUAUAUCAGGAUUGGGACUUACUCCCCUGAUGCCACCUGAGAGGAGCUUCUAUGUGGCAUUCCAGACAGAAGGACAGGCAGCACAGGAGCCAGGUGCUGUGGACAGGGUCUGUCCACGCACCACCUGGGGUCUGCUGCCCAUUAAAAGUGCCGUUUUCUUACCUCUUGGCAUCUCAGAUGCACUGGCCUCUCCUGCAUUCUGUUUGCAGGCAAAUGCUUCAGCUCACAUGUCCCCCCAUCUUGGUUGGGACUACUGCCUCAGGGUUGACGAUAGGGUGAUGGAGGCCUGGGACGCCGUUCAGAGGGGUGGCCCAAGAAGUCACCGUUGUUACCCGUGUACGCCUCUGGACAUGGACAGGCGGGACCCCCCAAGCUCCACAUUCGCUCCAUGUGCCGCCUUGAUCCCAAAACCCAGCCAGUUUUUGGGUGAUGGUGGAGCUGUGCUCCCUUGGGUGCACUUGAGCACUCCCCAGUCCAGAUCACUUCUUGGACACACCCAGGCUUUUGAAGUCAAGCCAGUUUCCAGAAGGGCUGGGGUGAGAUCCUGACCUGUGCAGGGAGUAGGGAGGCGUCACCGCCUGGCCAGGGCUGCCCCAGUCCCUCCGUGCCCCGUGAGCGCAGCCAGCCAGGAGCUGAGCAGCGGGGGGAGAUGAAUCACCUCCUGCCCUGGCCAGGCGGCAGCUCAUUGUUUACGGGCAAGCCCUGCUCCUGGGAGGGCUCCUGCCACCCCACCCUUCCUGUGUGUGUUAUCUCUGCCCCACAGCAGCCCCUGGGCAGCGCCAGUGGCCACUGGGCUCCCCCCAGGGCUGAAACGGGUUUCCCAGACCGGGAGUCCAGAGGAGACUGUUUAUCCUUUGUGACCUUUGGCGACUCUCCACUGGAGCGGAAGAGCUGUGUGUCAAAAGAAGGAAGCCGGGCUGUGAAGGGCCGCGUUGCUUUCAGUCGGUGGGCAGAGGUUUAGAAAGGUGGUUCUGAAAUUGCACCUGGUACUCUUGUGGGACCUGAGGAAUAUAAGGAACUCUGUGCAUGAGGUUUCAAAAAUAAAAAUUGAGUCCACUCCCCCCAUACACACACUUGGCCACUUCAGCAGGUCAGUUCUCAGCCCUUCCUUGAUGGGGCUUUGAAGCUCUGGGGAGCAGAGCCGCUCCCUACUCAUGCCCCAGAGGGGCUCUGAAAAGGCUUCCUGUGGCCUCCGACAAGGGCCCCUCAUUAGCCAAGGACGCUGUGGGUGUUUUGUGGGAGGCACCAUGGCGCUGCCGAAAGGGCAGUAGACGUGGAGCCGGCACCUCUGGCCAGAUUCCGUUUAAAACCAGUUGAGUGGUCUCAAACCCUUACCUCUGUAAGCCUGUUUCUUGUCUGAAAUCACGGUAAUAAAGCAUCGUAAGUUGGUUGGGAGGAACCAGA